GAACGCCACUUGCUCCCGCCCAAUCAAACUCCAGCUUUUCGUUCACCUGAUCACAGCGAAGCCAUUUUGUCCUGAACGGCUCCGCCAGCGCAUUCUUUAGCAAACCGGAAUAACGUAGAGCUGACAGUUCAAACCACAGCCACAGACGAGGCGUCAGACGGGGGCUUUACAGCUACACCACCCCUCUUUCAAUCCCGAGCAACUCGACGUCUCUCGGUCUCAUCACAGGCGGAACCGUGUCGUUUUCGCGGACUAAAGGGAGACUUUCAGCGGGACGGAAGGGAAGAUAACCAGGCAUCCGGUUAGACGCGCUGGCUCACCGGGCUGGAGUCCAACUUGAGCCGGACACUUUCAGCUGUCCUCGUCGGGAUGCGAGCUGGACUUGUUUUUAACAAUAUUUACCCCUCUUUUUGAAUAUUAUGUGUUAUGUAGGAAUCGCUUAGGUUCGCGCGGGAUUGUUUUGUUAGUAACGUUAGUUGUCUAAUAUAAGAAAGCUGGAGCGCUAGUUCAAGCUCAGAUGUGAUUUAUCUACUCAGCUGGCUGGGCAGAUAGUUUGGGUUGUCGAUUAGAUAAGUCGCCUAAAUAGACUGGUUACAUAAUACUUUUGUUUUGUUACCGGUGUAGUUACAUUUUUGAGUUAAUCCAGUUUUUUUACCGUCUCUUUGCCAAGUCUCUCAUAGGGUUUGGUUUGUAUGUCUAUGCAUAUUUCUCGCGAGCAAACCUGUCAGCGUUCGACCAGGUUAGGUCUUGGUGCCAGUAUAAUAGUAGGUUUAUAAAGGCAGGAAAAACCACAGAACCGAUUUGCCUAUCUAAUCUGUCGGUGCUUCCCAUAUCCAGUUUGUUUUCUUUUAAAAGGUCUGUAUUGUUGAGCCUCAAGCUGGCUGACAGGUGAUAUUUUCUGCCUGGAUCCUCUGAGCUGGCCUGACUAAUAGCUAUGACAUUUUCCAACAGUUGUUUUGUAUCUUCAGACUUCAAUAUUUCCAGUAUCUGCUCUUGGUGCCAACGUUGUAUUAGUAAUAUUAGCUAACAAAAGCUCAGUUCGCCCCAACAAAUUAGUUACGGCAUAUCUAGUUGUGACAUUUUUACUAGUUAGGUCAAGUUUUCCUUUUUUUUUCUACAAGUGUAUGAAUUAGUGCCAGUUGACUUGGUGGCUGGUUCGAAACGUAUCAAACUCAACAGUUUGUAUCGAGUUAGUGUAUUUUUGUAAAACUGUGGAAAUACACACCUUUGCAGCGAGACCAGGUCAAGUUUAGUGGUCAUUUUUUCAUAUCUCAGAGUUGAAUAAAAAUGUCAGGACAGUCCAUCACAGAUCGCAUCGCAGCGGCCCAGCACAGCAUGACUGGGUCAGCCAUCAGCAAAGCCGUCUGCAAGGCCACAACGCAUGAAGUCAGUGGACCCAAAAAGAAACACCUCGAUUACUUGAUCCACUGCACCAAUGAGAUGAAUGUGAACGUGCCCCAGCUGGCCGACACUCUGUUUGAAAGAACCACCAACAGCAGCUGGGUUGUGGUCUUCAAAGCGCUCAUCACCACACACCACCUAAUGAUGUAUGGAAAUGAGCGUUUCAUUCAGUAUCUGGCCUCAAGAAACACGCUCUUCAAUCUUAACAAUUUCCUUGAUAAAGGUGCAUUGCAAGGCUAUGACAUGUCCACGUUCAUCAGGCGGUACAGCAGAUAUCUCAAUGAGAAAGCCCUUUCCUAUAGGCUGGUGGCUGUGGACUUCACCAAGAUGAAGAGAGGUAUUGAUGGAGUCAUGCGCACCAUGAACACAGAGAAGCUGAUCAAAACGUUGCCUAUCAUUCAAAACCAGCUGGACGCGCUGCUGGAUUUCCAGGCUAACCCUAAUGAGCUGACUAACGGAGUGAUCAACGCUGCCUUCAUGCUGCUCUUCAAAGACUCCAUCCGUCUGUUUGCUGCCUAUAAUGAGGGCGUUAUCAACCUGCUGGAGAAAUACUUUGAUAUGAAAAAAAACCAGUGUAAAGAUGCCUUGGACAUCUAUAAGAAGUUUCUAUACAGGAUGACCAAGCUGUCAGAGUUUCUUAAAGUGGCUGAGCAAGUUGGGAUUGAUCAGGGUGACAUCCCAGAUCUCACUCAGACGACUAGAGGAUCUUACCUUGCUCCCAGCAGUCUCCUGGAGGCUCUUGAGCAGCACCUGGCCUCUCUGGAGGGAAAGAAAACCAAGGAGCUCUCCGCCGACAACAGAGCCAACACUCUGUCCAAUGCAGUGUCAUCCCUGUCCAACACGGGCAUGUCCUUCUCCUUCUCAUCCAGCAGGAUGGACGAGAAGGAGAAACAACAGGCUCUGGAGGAGGAGCAAGCCCGUCUGCAAGCUCUCAAGAACCAGCGUCUGAAGGAGAUCAACAUGCAUACCCCCUCUGCCUCUCCCAGCACACAGUCUAUGGGUAGUGCCAACAACCACACUGCGGGCAUGGACCUUUUCACCAACACCACAAGCCCACCCUCAACAAACAGCAUGCCAAACCUCAACAGUGACUUGUUUGACCUCCAGCCUGCCUUCGUUCCUGCUGUGCAGAGCACUCCUAUCUCCACCGCCAGCAGUGCCUGGGGAGGUCUAGAAAGCAGCACUCUUCAUCCCAUGGCUUCCAUGCCCACCAUGAAUGUAGAUUUUGAUGCUGUAUUUGGGACUAGAACUUCCAAUAGUGAUGUGAAGCCAUCAGCUGGUUAUGAUGCGUUAGGAGACUUGUUGAAGCCCACGGUGACGGUUCACACUCAGGCGCCGGUCAUGGCUCCUCAUACAGGCAGUAAACUGUUGGCCAAUGACCUGGAUUCGUCCCUGGCCAACCUCGUAGGCAACCUGCAGUUUGGGGGAACACCAGGCAAAAAGUCUGAUAUGCAGUGGACUCAGCCUGGAGAGAAGAAGCUGACUGGUGGCACUAACUGGCAGUCAAAGACAAUGAGCAGCACCACUGCCUGGAGCCCCGCCCCCUUGCCACCUGCUGCCAUGCCACCUGCCGCCAUGCCCGUGCCACACAUGACUGGAAUGUUCUAUACUAGUUAUGCUCCUGCUCCCAUGGCGUUUCCCAUGACAACACCUCAAGUGCCUGUGUACGGAAUGGUCCCUCCUCAGCUGGGACAAAUGGGAGGGGUUCCAGUAAUGACCCAACAGCCCAUGUUGUACAACCAGCCUGUUCUCAGACCCACUAACCCUUUCACCCCCAUCCCUGGAGCCCAGAUGCAGUUCAUGUAAGUAGCACUUAAGCAGAGCGCCAAACAGGAUGGCUGAAAAGAACAACAAGCGAGUGAGAGGAGGAUCCGACUACCACCAAAUAAAAAGAGAUCAAGACAAAAAGAAAGAGUGUGCAUAUGAAGAGGAAUGUGUUUGUGUCAAGAAUGCUUACCUCACUGUCUGAAACGGCUCACCCAACACACACACACAAACACACAACCCAGAUGAGAGCGCAUACAGUGUGUCAUUUUUCAUCUCUUGAGGUUCAUUUCUUUCCUGGGGCACGGUGUCUGCUGGCAGGUGUGAUGCAUCAUAGAAAUCCUGGAUUUUAUUGCAGAUAUUAAAUUAACUUGUACAGAGCACUCUUCUUUUCUUUUUUUUUAAACUUCAUAAUUAAUUUGAAUUAGAUCUAAAGUCCAACACAGUGGACUUCCUGUUACUGUCAUCUAUUGCUCUGUUACAAAGAUGCCCUUGCUGAGUUCAGGAAAACACUGAAUGUCAAGUAAAUCCCCUGAAUAGUACAGCUUACAUGUUUAAAUGGCUCAUUAACACAAUGCCCCAGCUUCUCAUUUCAGAACAAGGAAAGAAUUUGACCCCUUAUAUAAGGUGCUCUGCACCCCCAAGCACUUUACACAUGCAUUUAUGUGUAACAUAAUGUGUAACAUUGAGCUGGUCUCUUAUAUCUGCAACGUUAGUCAUCUAAUGUUAACAAUUAACAUGUUACUGUUACUGAUAGCUUCUGUUCGAAUUGGUCAGUCAGUCCUCCUUUGUUUUUACUGGUUUAAGGGUUUCCGUUUCAGACGUGAUGGUGGUCUUGCACAUACAUAUGCACACAUUGGUGUUACGUGAGCCACAUGGAGAGCCCCCUCUCACUGGCCUCCCACCUUGUUUUGUCACUCCAAGGACACUGAUAAACAUAUCUGCUCCUGCUCUUCUGUGUUAACCAAACAUGUCAUGCAUUUACGACUACAUCUCACACUCUGAGCCCACUCCCCCAUGUACCACCCACCCUGGGAGCGGGUGACCGGAAGCAUUGGAGAAGGGUACAGGGCAUGUGGCCCUAUUCAAAAAUCUGUUUUUAAUGAGGGUUUUGUUUAAUCCUAUGUUUUUUAAUCCUUUUUUUUUUUCUUUCUAGAAAGCAUGUUAUAAAUAUAUAUAUUUUUAUUAUUUCAGAAAAUGACAUGAAUCAUGGUCUCUUUUAUGUUGCCAAAUUAUGUACAUUUGUGAUUCGAGAAAUGCCAUAAGCUAGCUCUUGUACUUAGCGCCUGACAGCGCGGUUCUUUCUCUGAAGGACGUGCGUAUCGGUGUUUGCCAACUUUGGAACCAAAAUCAAUAGCUAAAAUCUACUUUUAGUCUGUUUUUGUGCAGUUCCACGGAAUACGGGGCACUGCUAACAGGGUAUCUAUAUUUUUGCUUGUGCAGCCAAAGCAUUUUCGGUCCUCCUGAAAUCCCUUUAACCCUUUCUAGAGCAGGUUUCCACUUCAGCCUUCUCAUCAUCCCAUAAUUCCUGCUUUGUUUCUUCACACUAUAUUUAGUUUUUAUUCUGCAUGGACUGAUGGAAUGUCAGCAGAGGUGUGCUGUGGUUGCAGUAGCUGGUUUACAGUGAUUUUAAAAUAUUAGUGUAAUUUCUGCUCCUUGUUGUGCCUAAAAAACACUUUUUAGCUGUUCUAAAAUCACUGUAAACUACAGCUUCAUGGGGCUUAUUGGUUUUUUUAAAACGAUCACUACAUAUAGCUGGCAAGGUUUCGGAAUGUAAACACACAGCAACAAACAUUUAAUAAUUUAUUCGUAACAAAUAAUAAUCCCUCAAGCAAUGUAGCUCUUCUGCAAUGUUUAGCAGAAUGGUUGCCAAGCAGUGCACAGACUCAGUGCUACAGUAAUUCUGAUGUAAUGAGGUCACACAGGUGUGUGUGUUUAAAGAGUAUUUCACAACAGCUACCAACACGACUCAAGGAAUGGAACUAUCUAUUUUAUUAGAAAUUUUGUAGUGUCAUUAAAAAGUCAAUCCUCUUCACGUGUUAUAGAGCUGUUAUGACCCGUCUUGUGUACAUUUUCAUCACAAUGGUUUUAUGAAUCUUUAAGACAUCCUUUCACUGUUUAUUUGCACAAGGUUCAGUCCACUUAAAAGGAUAGUCCACCCCAAAAUGAAAAUUCUGUCAUUUACCCAUGCACCUUAAUGCCAAUCCAAACCUGUAUGCAUUUUUCAUCCGCUGAACAUAUAAGAUACAUUUUGAAGAAUGCUGAUAACCAAACCAUGCCGGUUCUCAGUGACAUGCAUUAUAUUUUUUUGUCCAUGGAAACCAGAAUGGUUCAGAAAAAUCUCCUUUUGUGUUUCACAGAAGGUCAGUCAUACACAUUUGGAGGUGAAUUAGGGUGAAUAAAUGCUGACAGAAUUUUUCAUAUCAUGUCUGUGUUUGACCUUCCAUCAGUUCAAGUGUGCUCUUUGCUUUUGUAUGUUGCUAAAGACAUCAAUCACAGCAAGUUGCAUAUUGUUGCUGUAAUACGUGCUGUGACCCCCUGCCCUUCCAUUUGUAAAAACAACAUGCAUUGUGUUUCUCUGCUUGCUUAUUUGUGUGUGAGUGCGCGAGUUGGUUACUAAUUCGUUACUGAGUGUCUCUUAACAAGCUUGUGAGUUUAUUCUCCUUUGAGCGCUGUCAGGGGGUCCAGCAGGUUCAGACUGAAUGCUUUUUAUAUGCAGGCUCAAUGUUGAUGCUCUCACUGGGUUUGCAAGGUAACGGGGCACCGAGGAGCAAUGCUGUUUAAUUAGGAUCUGUUCUCUUAUCCAGUCACCGGAGGCUUGAAGUGUGUGAAGUGAGCGAGUGAAUGUAAGAUUGUGAGCUUCAGGGAGGGUGAAAGAUCUCAAGAUGUACAAGGGUGCUAUCAUGAGCCAGGGUUUCCAUGGUAAUCUUCAGUUUCUGGUCCUUGGCACAGGUCGAUGAGCCCCAGCAGCGUUUCCUUCUCUUAGUCAUAUUUUGUCUUUUGUUUUUAAAAAAUAUAUUAUUAAAAUUUCUGCAAUGCAUGCAUUAGCAGCCCAGCCUGUGGUGAAGACUGUCUGAAGAUGCAAGUUUAUUUGGCAACCUAGUGCUUUUGGAUAACCUAUAGGCUUGACUCGUUUCCGUGGCAAUGGGUCACGAGUGCUUUCUCUCUGACACACCAAAGGCUUUUUUUUUAAACUUGGUUUUGCUGAGUUGAGGCGUUCAAGAAACAAAUUUUCAUUUUUUAGAAUCUCUGCUAUGUUCAGAGAUGUUCCCUAAGUUCUUGCUUUCACAGCUCCCCCUUGUGGUUACUGUUUGUCAUCUUUCAUAUAAACAGCUGCUAGUUAGUGUUCUGUUUGCUGUUUAUGGGGCAGUUGAGCACACAAAGCAAAUGUCUGAGUGUAUUGGACUCGGCGCUCUAAAGUCAUCCUUUAUUUUAGAACACCUGGCCAGACUGAAGAGCAGCAAAGUCCAGUGUACUUCUGAACUACUUAGCCUGAUUUUAAACGUCUCGGUUCGGCUCAUUAGCUGGCCUGGAAUACUCAGCUCAGCAACGGCCUUUCAGAUUCAAUGUGUCAGCGUGUGCCGCACGUCUCAGACCUCUAGUGGGGAUGCUUGGUGUUCAGGGUCCUUUUCACCUUCGUGCUGUCAUGGAGCUGUCUUGGCUUCUCUGGCUUUAAAAAUGUAUUUUUAGGUGGGCUAUUUGUCUGCUACAUUCUUAUUAGCAUCUUUUUGUCCUUAUUUUCCUGUUACAGAGAUAUAUGCAGUAUAUUUAGAUAGAUGUAUUCAGUAGAAGCACCAUCAUCCCUGUGUAUCAGCCCAAGGGAGCAAUGCAGCAACUUUUUUUUAAUUUUUUUAUCCAUUUAUCAAAUGCCAAAAAAGGAGUACACAACCUCCAUGUUUAUGCUGAUUUUUCUCUCACUUUUUUUUUUUUUGUAAUUUAUUUAUGCAGACCAUAAAGAGUUUCAGCAUGGUGAAAAUAAAAAAGCAGAAAUUGUGGGAUUGUUGAACAUUUUUUGUUUGUCUUUAAUUUUUUUGUCUGCCUUUCAUUCACAAAUAAAAUCCCUUUUUAUUCCUGA